AAGAACCCAAUACCAAGAACAAGAACAACACAAAGCCAACAAAAAAAAAACUCAAACAAAACAAAAACAAAGAAACUUUGAAAACAAAUGGGGAAAGGAGGAAACCUUGUGACGGUGGCGGCUUCCGAGGUGGAGGAGCUACGGCGGAAGAACGGAGAGAUGGAAAAAGCGGUGGAGGAAAUGAGGAAAGAGAUGUUGCAGCUGUGGCGGCGGACGCAGGUGGCGGAGGAGGCUGAGGAGCGUCUCUGCUCUCAGCUCGCUGAGCUUGAAGCCGAAUCGCUCGACCAGGCGCGUGAUUACCAGUCUCGCAUCCUCUUCCUCGUGAACGAACUCUCUCGUCUCUCUUCCUCCGAUUUGGCCUCGCCCUAGAUAGAUAGAUACAUACAUGCGUAUUUGUGUAAUGAUAGAUAUCUUAGAUUAUUGCAUGUAUCUGAAUUUACAAAAUUGGCUCAUAUCAAUGCCGAUUAUGUAUAACUUUUCUUUCCUUUUUUUUCGUUUAUAGAUCUCAGAUUUCUUCUUUUGAAAAUUUAGCAUAAACAAUAAUUGAUGUUGUUAAACAAAGUGAUGAAAGUCUUUUGAAAAUUAAAGCAAUAUAUUUCGAUUA